GUUCGUACUUCGCAGAGGACGUCAGCCUUUUUGCAAAAGAUCGCCCCUGGCUUAGAUAAGGACUCUCUUUGCGAAAAGGGUCACAUACAAAAAGAGAUUGUCUUGAAUUUAAAACAAAGAGAAAAGAAAUGGGCCGAAUUAUUGGUAUCCCAAAAUGACACAACUCAGCUAAGCAGUGACGCGAAGGACUACCUACCUCGCAGGCUUACUAGGCAAGGUAAGAGGUGAAGCAACUAAUUCCUCCCACGUCGACGAUAAGAACGAGGAUGAUGAAGAUCAUGAUGAUAUUGCCUGGAGUGAGGAACAAGACGAAAGUGAUGAUGAUGACUGCAGCGUUUCUGUACUGCCCAAACCAGGAGAGGCAUCUUUGUCAGAUAUUGAAGAUUAUGGUCCAUAUUGGAAUAAUUCCUCAGUCCAUACCAUACCUGGAUCAUCUUUCAAA